AUGACAUCGGUAUUGUCAUCACUUUUUUCACGUGAUCCAAAAAGUGUAUUCCCAUAUGAGCUACCUGCUAGCAGUUUUUAUACCUUCGAUGGCAUAUACAUUGGAAAAAGCUUUAAAAAAGCUGAACCAUCCGAACUUGCUACCUGUUUCUGGGCAACAGUAUCCGAUUAUGGUCCAGGAUCAGUACUGAAAGCUCAAGCACGUAAACUGAAAACUCUCCGGCACCCAAAUGUUCUCGCUUAUUUGGAUAGCGUUGAGAUGAAUGGUACUUUUUAUUUGAUAACAGAAGCUUGCGUUCCUCUGAAAACUUAUAUUACGGAAAACAAACUAACUGAUAAACAAAAAGAUUUUGUUGUUUCCUGGGGUCUAUUUCAGCUACUGAGCUGUUUAAAAUUCUUGCAUCAAGAGGCCGAAUUAAGUCAUGAAAAUAUCCGGUACUCUGUUUAUGUCACAGAAAGUGGAGAUUGGAAACUUGGUGGUUUUGAAAAAUCAACCGUUUUUAGUAAUCCAUGUACUGAUCUUAAUUCAUUCGCAUUACUUACAUGGGAAAUUUUCAACGGCUUCAAUGAAUCGAUAACGAAACCGGAAGCACCAAAACGAGUUCCUCAACAACUGCAUGUGCAUUAUAAAAAAAUGGCUACUAAUCGAGCAGCUAAACUAAAUACUGGAGAAUUAUUAAGAGAAUUGCGUCAAACAGGAGGCUUUUUUAAGAAUCGAUAUGUAGAUAUAUUGCUAUUUUUGGAUGAAUUUCAACUGAAAGAUGCUCAUGAAAAGCAGGCAUUCUUCACAGAAUUGAAAAAUGAAUUGGAUUUUUUUCCUGAUAACAUUGCUAAAUAUAGGAUUCUUCCAAAAUUAAUACAUAGUUACGAAUAUGGUGACGCUGGAUCGCAUGUUUUGAUGCCAUUGUUUCGAUUGGGACGUUUAUUGGAUGAAAAUGAGUAUCAGCUUCGUAUUGUGCCUUGCCUUUGUAAAUUAUUUAGUUCACCGGAUCGUGUAACACGUGUAAAAUUAUUAGAACGAAUUGAUGAAUUCGCACCGCAUUUAACGCCUCAAAUUGUUAACGAUCGGAUAUAUAAGAAUGUUGCAUCUGGUUUUAUGGAUACAAAUCCGGCUGUCCGUGAAAGUACAGUGAAAGCAAUGGUUUCGCUGGCUGAUAAAUUGAAUAAUCAAAAUUUAAAUACUGAUCUGAUGCGGCAUUUAGCAAGAUUGCAAGGCGCAGAUGAUCAACCAGGUAUUCGAACAAAUGCAACAAUUUGCCUCGGUAAAAUUGGUUGUUACAUUGAUCCAAGUCAUCGUCAACAAAUUCUAAUUAGUGCCUUCACUCGUGCACUCAAAGAUCCAUUUCCUCCUGCUAGAAUGGCAGCUAUUCUAGCACUUAGUGCUACGCAACAGUAUUACUCAUUAAUUGAAGUUGCAAAUCGUAUAUUACCAGCCUUAUCACCAGUGACAUGUGAUCAGGAAAAGCAGGUCAGAGAUCAAAGCUUCAAAGCACUAUAUGGAUUCAUCGAAAAGCUGGAAAAAGCUAGUGAAAAUCCAGAACUGAUAGCAGAACUCGAAUCACAAGUUAAAGCUGGUGGAAAAAGCGGUUUGCUAAGUAGUGACAAGGUGCCACAAUGGGCAAGCUGGGCGUUAAAAUCACUUUCAGGCAAAUUCUACUCUUCCUCAAUGCAAAACCAAUCUGGGUCAGCACCUAAGCAAGAAGCACCCAUUUGUGAAUCAAAAUCUAACACAAAAACAUCCUCUGAAUUAAAAUCAUAUGAUACAGCACCAGAGAAAUUUGCAAAUGAUGAUGGUUGGGGUGAAUUGGAAGAUAAUUUAGCUGCAGAAAAUGAAGAUGAGUGGGAAGAUGCUAAUGAUGUACUAAUAAUAAAUGCCACAAACAUCAACGAAAGAUAUGAUAAUGAACAGAGAGAAGUAAUAGCUGCUAAAAGUAAACCGUCUACUACGACAUCUUCGAAGCCAUUCGGGAAAACAUCAGGAACAAAAGGAUUAAAAUUGCAACGUCCAUUUUUAAAAUCUACAGGUGAAGAUGAUUUGAAUUGUUUGUUAGGCAUUAAAUCUAAGUCGAGCGCAGAUGACAAUGAAGUUACGAAUAGGAACACAUUUGCAGUAAAGAAUAGCAGUGAUACACUGACUGAUGGUUGGAGUGAUAAUUUCAGUACAAGCGGUUGGGAUGAUUUCGAUGUUAGCUCAGGUGGAAUAUCUACUGAAGUAAUGGAAGAUGGAGAAUGGAAUAUUUCAUGGAAUGCUGAUGAACCUGUGGAAAUUUCAUCGAUAUCAGAAAGUAAGGAUGUUCAUCAAGCAAAAAAUGCAGCACGAAAUAAAGCUCAUAAUAUGGAAAUGGCUAGGAAACGAACUACUCGAGUAAUAUCCAAUAAUGAUGAAAGCAUUCAUUAA